AUGCACGAAGACGACAGUAAUAAAGAAUUGGAAUCGGACGAUGCGUACAAGAAGCAAUACCAGACGGCGCAGAUGAAGAUAGCCGAAGUGACGCCAUCGUUGCCGGUAAACGUUACAAGAACGAGUUCCACGGGAGCUGUAAAGACGUCGAAAUUUCCGAAGUUGGAAUUACCGAAAUUUUCCGGUUAUAUAAAGGAUUGGCUUCCUUUCUGGAGUCAGUUUAAAAAGAUACAUGAUGAUCCAGCCAUCAGCAACGAAGACAAGAUGCAGUAUCUGCAGGAAGCUAUGAUGGUAGAUUCCCGCGCGAGCGAGCUCGUGAAAAGUUUCCCACCAACCGGCGAGAACUAUACAAAGGCGAUCGCGAGCUUGAAGAAUCGUUUCGGGCGGGACGAUAUCAUCGUGGAAUUUUAUGUUCGUGAACUGCUUACUCUCGUGUUGCAAAAUGCUGUGAGAGGAAACAAGAAAUUAUCUCUCGCGAGUAUAUAUGAUAAAGUCGAGUGUUAUAUUCGCACCUUAGAAACGUUGGGCGUGACGACGGACAGGUGUGCCGCCAUGCUCUAUCCUCUUGUUGAGUCGUCGCUUCCGGAGGAAGUGAUUCGAGCGUGGCAACGCAGUGGACAACGGGAAGCGGUGGAAGCUAACGGACAACGCGAGACCACAGAUCGACUUGAGAAACUUCUUCGACUCUUGCAACUGAAAGUAGAGAACGAAGAACUCAUCGACAUGGCGUUAACGGGCUUCGGGUUACCGAUGGAUCAAGAGAGGACGAAGAAGCCGAAGCAGAGUCGUCGACAAACACCGCCAGUGCGAGCGUCCUUCUCGUAA